AUGAUGCGAUCGACGGACAACACACUCAUCCGACCGAAAGUUGUCUCGGCAAAGAUUCCCCGUCAACGUGAGCACGAUGACAGCGCGAUUAUCAUUGUUGAUGCAGAAAGCCAUUCAGUGGCUCUGACUCGUUGGUCGGCAACACCGGAGGCAGAUCACCCACUUUACCUGAAACGAGGAAGGCCAGAUCCGAGAAUACAGUUCACCAUAUCAUGCGGUAAAAACUGUUAUUUGGGAGAGAAGUUCGUGCAAAGGACGGUUUCAACGGGUGCUUUCAUGUGCCCAGUUUGUCGAUGUAUCAAGCCGUACAAACAGAAGAAGCUGUAUUUAUCCUUUCAUUUCCUUGUAUUCUCCCUUGGACACACCAAAGUGGACGACUACGUCAAAUGCCGAAGCAGCCGGGGCAAGGGAUGCGGGAACCAUUUCAAAAUGGAAGUGCUGGAGGACCAGCCAAAAAUUUCGACUUGCAUUCUGGAAAAGCCCCUGAUCCACUUGCUGUUCCAGAUUCAGGCAUUGGGCCGCGAAAACGUAAGGCUGGCUCAGCAAGAGACAGUCCGACAAACCUACUAUCAGCUGACGGGAUUUGAACCGCUUGAGGCACUCAUCCGUGCUGCGGCCAAAGACACCAAUCAACGAAUUGCGGAGGGCAAAGCAAACAUUUAUGAUGACAUCGUGGCUGCCGUGACCAAGGUUGCACCCCUGCUUUGUAGCCAAGAGCAAAAAGAGACGAUUGCCAAGGAAAUUGUCAAGGAGGGCCUCUCGGCUGGCCAUGGAGUGAUGGACGGCAACUGUGCCAGUAUGAUAUCAGAGGUAGAGCGAGUGUUCAAUAUCCCAGGGUUCCAGUUUGCGGAUGCUUAUUUGAACUACUUUGGGCCCUCAUCGCCCAAGACCUCCCGAUCGAGCUUUGGAUCAUUGACGCUCAAAGCGUAG